CAAGUGUCACCAAGAGAAAUUGGACGUCCAUACAAUUUUAAAGUGCUUUGCAUUAAAACACACACAGCAUCACUUCUCUCUAAAGUAAUCCAUUACUGACAAUUAAUGUCAAACUGCACGCUGGAGCAGCUUCAUGCUGCCUCACUGGGUGAAACAUUGCUAAUGGAAAGAAAGCCUUAUAAGAUCCAGCUCAUCAAAAUACACCUAAAUGCAGCAUAAUGCCUUCAAAAGUGUCAUGUUUAUACCUGUUGACAGUGGUCUGCUGGGCGAGCGCUCUGUGGUACUUGAGUAUAUCUCGCCCAACAUCCACUUAUGUCGGCCACAUGUCUGUGCCUAUACGUAAGACUGUGAAACCCCCAAAAAACAUUACCUUCACCAACAUCCGCACCCGCCCCCUUAACCCACAUGCCUUUGAAUUUGUCAUCAAUGAGCCGAAGAAAUGCGAAAGUGACGCUCCCUUCCUGGUCAUCCUCAUUAGCACCACGCACAAGGAGUUCGAUGCACGGCAGGCCAUCCGGGAAACCUGGGGUGAUGAGAGCACCUUCAGCGACAUCCGCAUCCUCACCAUCUUUCUGCUGGGCAGGAACACAGACAACGUCCUGAACCAGAUGGUGGAGCAGGAGAGCCAGAUCUUCCAUGACAUUGUUGUGGAGAAUUUUAUUGAUUCCUACCACAACCUCACCCUCAAGACCAUGAUGGGAAUGCGCUGGGUUGCCACCUUCUGCCCCAAAGCGCAGUAUGUCAUGAAGACAGACAGUGAUAUCUUUGUCAACAUGGACAAUCUGAUCUACAAGCUCCUGAAGCCCACCACCAAGCCAAGAAGGAGAUAUUUUACCGGUUAUGUUAUAAACGGUGGGCCCAUAAGGGAUAUGCGCAGCAAGUGGUACAUGUCCAGGGAUUUGUAUCCUGAGAGUAAAUACCCACCUUUCUGCUCGGGCACUGGCUAUGUGUUCUCAGCAGACGUAGCCGAGCUCAUCUACAAGACUUCAUUACACACAAGACUGUUGCACCUGGAGGAUGUGUAUGUGGGACUGUGUUUGCGUAAGCUGGGUAUACACCCGUAUCAGAACAGUGGUUUUAAUCACUGGAAAAUGGCCUACAGUCUGUGCAGGUACAGGCGGGUUAUCACUGUACACCAGAUCUCCCCGGAGGAGAUGCACCGCAUUUGGAAUGACAUGUCCAGCAAGAAGCACCUGAGAUGUUAGGGGACAUGAGGACCACUGACCAACAUCUUCAAUGGGGUUUUUGUUUUGCCUUUUUUCCUCCUUUUCAAAUUACAUCACACUGAGUAGUGUAAAAACAUCGAUGGCUUCUGCAAGUCUCUAUUUCAUGACAGAUGUUUUCAUUAACAUCCAUCUAUGUCUCUUUUUCUGCUGAUUACACCUCACGAUUGUUAAUGAAUGCAUGAGGCUUGUAAAGCGCGUAUUCUCAUGCAUAAGUAAAAUGUGGUGUUGCAACUGAAAGUAAUUUUGUUCAUGUAUUUCAGGUCCAAUUUAAGCAGAUUAUUCUUUAUGAGCAUUGAGUCAAUCAACAUUAAGAAUUAUGUAGUGUGGCCUAAUGAGUACAGACGGUGUUUUAACCAGACGACCUUGGUUCAAGCCCUCACACUGAUAACUUUCUGUCCUGUUAAAGUGUCCUUGAGUAAGACACUGAAUCUCUACCAGCUGCACGGCUGCUGACUAAGCAUCCUGAUCUUCCUGCGGGAGUGCAAGCCAAAAGAGAUUGUCUGUGCAGGAAUCAAUAAAGUAUUAAAUUACUAUAUUACAUCUAUGAUAUUAUGCAUUUUAAAAGUAUCAUUUACCAGUGAAAGUAGAGAACAAUGAGAGUGCAAAUGUUAAUCUUAUCCAACAACAAACCAGGUUGUGUGCUGAGAUAAAAGUAUAUGCUCAUGCUGCUGUCCCCUUUUUCAUCUUUAUUAUGAACACAGUUAGAUAGAAAGCUGAAGUAUUAUCAGUCUCCAAACAGACCAGGUUGAAAGAUAGUUACAUAUUUUUCAAUCAAUACUUUUCUUCUUCUAGCAUUGGUAAUUAUGAAAUCUCGUAGCUGAAUUUGAUGGAAUUUGCCUAAUGUUUUUGUUUACAUAUUGUCAUAAUUUCAAUGCCUCUUCUCUCUGAAAAAGUCAGAUGUAUAUUUGUCUUGUUUGGGAUGCAUUUUGUUUUUUUUUCCUCUUUUAUAUAAUUGUGUUUUUCAGCUACCAGCUCCUCAUUACACCAGCUGCUGCUGUUGGUUAUAUAUGCUGUACAUCAGCAGCUCAACUCCUCCACACAUCAAGAGAAAUAAUACAGUAUCAUGUUGUGCAAGUAUGAACUGUAGCUAAGACCAUUACAGACUGGAUGUAUUAUCAUAAUGUAUCUGGCAUAUCAGUGAUUACUCAAGCACCAUACUGACAUCAUGGUAAGAUUUUGUGUCUUUCAGAAAACAUGGCUUUCGUUGCCAAAUUUUCAUUUCCUUUUACAAAAGUUUUGUAGAAUUAUAAGCUAA